GCCCGGUAAACAUAUUUGUUCAUAUUUGCGCGUUGUGCCCUCGAGCCUGCACGGUUUUUGUUUUGUUAAUUAAAAUGAGCGAUCCGCCUGUCUUCGAGCUUGGGGACAAGCUUGCCACGCGUUGUGGCAACACCUUGUCCGGCACAUUUUUGCCGAACAACAAAAUGGCGCUGAGCGCUUACCGGCACAAGAAUACCGAUGCUUUCGGUAAGCCGGAAGAGCCCGAAGCCAUAAGAGCUAUCUCCGAGGAUCCAGUGCUCAUCUACAUCGCGGAGGAAACAUCGCUCUAUGGCGAGCCGCUCCUUCGCAGCUUGCUGGCCGAGGCCAACACCACCUUCACUACAUUGCAGAAGCUCGACCAGAAGGCUGCCAAGGCCGAGUUUGUUAAUAUAUCGCAGGCCUAUCGCAGCAUUGUGCGCGCCUGCCUUGAGAAGCUCGAGCUUGCAAAGGCAACACCCGAGGUGCUGAUGGACGAACAACGUCUUCAUUGUACCUCGGAUGCGAUCACAACUUUCUAUGCGAUCGAAUGUCUGUGGCAGCUGUUCGAGAUACUCUAUAUUCAGGGACUGCAGAAGCAAAUAAUUGUCCCACAGUUAUUGGACUGGACUCGCUUUCACUUUCCGUUAACCGAGGGGCGAGCCACAGAUUUGCUGUUAAUGGCAGAGGAGGCCAGCGACUCUGAUGAUUAUUGGAGCACUCUGAAGACCUUGAUUAUGUUGGGUGAAGUAGGCGUCACAGCCGCUAUUCUAACUCAGAAUCGAAAAGCAAACCGUGGCCCAUUUGAGGCAGCCAUAAAUAUGUUGAAGGCCAUGCCGUUGUACCAGCAUGGCUACGCAAUGCAAAAAUUUUGCUCGCAAUGGGAGUUCUGGCGAGCAGAAGGAGAACGCAAGAUAGCUGCCAAUAUGUUUGCUGCCGAGCCGGAAUUGGAGAUUUUAAUGGAGCUAGUUGUUGGAAAUACCGAGAAAUGGGAUGCUGGUCUGGCCCAGUCGAACGACUGGUACGAAUUUCUACCUGGCUAUCUACUAUAUACCAAUCCAACCUGUAAGCCCUUUGAGUUACGCAUGGUCGCAACCGCCUGGCUGAAUCGCUGGUCGCGCGUAAAGCCAGAUUGGGAGAUGAAGAGCAUGAGUCGCAUGAUCAUGCAGCUAAUGCAGCACGAUCUUAAAAUGUUUCUCUAUGAAUCGCAAAGACUGAACGAUAGCCAUUGGUUUGCUACGCAUUUAAUCGAUCUUAUUCACCACUCCGGCCAAUUAAAUGCCUACUGUCAGCAACAAAAAGUCGAUCUGCCAUCGUUGCGGCAGUCAAUGCUCUUGGAGUUUGGCAGCUAUUUGAUGACUUCCCUUAAUCUCUGGCAAUUGGGCAUUGACUACUUGGACUCUUGUGGCCAGGAGGGUUACAAAGCCAUAGAAACAAUAUUGUCUCAUAUACCUCUGAAGUCAGAGCGGCUAUCCCUUAAAUUGAUAGCCUUGGCCAAGCAGCGUAACUUGGCGGAUGUGGAGCAAACGAUCUGCAAGGUACUCGCUAGACGUUGCUAUGAUGAACAGCGUUUUAGCAGCGCCCUAGAAUGGGCCAUACGCUCUAAGGAUCCGGUGUUGGUUAAUGGCAUAACCGAUUUUAUUUUAAAGAACUAUUCCGAAACGGGAAUUAUGCUCUGCAAGGAUGUCAUCACCUAUAUCGGUGCUCGCAUGUUUAUCUCCCCACGAUUGGUUUUCCUCUGCAAGUAUUUUGAGUUUUAUGAACUCUAUCGGAAACGUGAUUUUUUGCCCGCGGCCGAGUUGCUAAUUAAUUUAUUGGAUUCCAAAAUAACACCAACUUAUUUUUGGCCUUCGCUGCUCAUGGAUUCCCUGCCGCUGCUCGAAUCGAAAGAUCCCAAGCUCUUUUCCAAGGAAACUAUCACCAUCCUGCGUUAUUUGGAAUUGGAGCUUGAGCCGCUUAUCGAGCGCAACAAACGCGAGACGGCCGAGUUCGCAUUCCAAACUUCAAAGACCGUCCUGCGGGACUAUCGUGUAGAGAAUAUAGAGGAGCUUGUCCGCAUGUUGCGUUAUGCCUGCUCCCGCAACCUGGCCCGCACAUUCAUAAUAGAGGGCACAGCAUCGUCUAAUAAAUAAAAUAAUUGAUUUUUGUUUCGAUCGUUAUGACACCCUAGGUUUAGCUAUGAAUUUGUAUUUGCGUAUAUUAAAAUAUAAUAUAAAGUAUGAGCUGUUCAAAGAACAAUAAACGAGUUUAGUUGAC